AUGGCGAACAACAAGAUUAUCACGGUGGUCGGCAUUACCGGAAAGCAGGGUGCCUCUGUUGCCGAUGUGUUCCUUCAAGAGGCAGGUUGGCACGUUCGUGGCGUUACACGCGAUCCGGCCAAGCCAGAGAGCCAAAAAUGGGCUGCUAAGGGUGUUGACCUCGUCAAGGCGAACUUGAACGACGCUGCCUCCCUGAAAGCCGCAUUUGCAGGAUCAACUGUGGUAUUUGGAGUCACCGACUUCUGGGGGAUCGUCGGCGAUCCAGAGGUCCAAAAGCGAGCCCAAGAAGCUGGCCUUCCAGUCAAUGUGCUAGCCUACGACCUCGAAGUGCAGCAAGGUCGCAACAUUGUUGACGCAGUCUUUGCGACUCUGGAGACCAUCGACAGAUUCGUGCUCUCGACGCUCUCUCCCACCAAGAAGUUGAGUAAGGGAAAGUAUACGCACAACUUUCACUUUGAUGCCAAAUGGGAAGCUGUCGAGUACCUGAAGGCUACAUACCCGGCCCUGGAGAAGAAAACAUCGUAUUUGCAGGUAGCCUUGUAUCUUUCAAACUGGAAAUCUUCUCCGCUGGGGAGGCCCACCAAGCAACCCGAUAAUACAUUCAUCUGGAGUCUCCCAGGAGACCCUGACGCCCCAGUAGCGCAAGUUGAUGCGCGCCACGACACUGGCCUGUUCGUCAAGGCUCUCACCCAGGUUGAGCCCGGGAAACACCUUCUGGGUGCUUCAGGCUUUUUGAGUUGGAAUGAGUUCACCGCUCUGUGGGGCAAAGUCCAUGGUGUGCAAUGCCGCUUCCAGCGCCUGGACAGGGCGGUUCUCGAAAACGCGAUUCCCGGAGGCGUUGGAGAGGAACUGGCCGAUAUGUACGAAUACAUCGGAGACUUUGGAUAUCACGGUGGUGACCCGAGUAUUAUUUUCCCCGCCGACCUGGGAGUGGACGUUCCAUUCACUACUCUUGAGGAGUUCAUCAAGAAGGAAGAUUGGUCGGAAGUGCUUUAA